UCUGCGGUACACUGUCGCUAAACAGGAGAAACGAUUACCUAAUCUAUAUAAACGGACAACGUCGGAGCGAACUGUUUAUUCUGUAGUCGACGCGUAUACCGAGCGUUUGAAUUUAGCGGUGUCCGAAAAAAUAUCAGUUUUGUUCGGGAUGAUUGGUGCACUGUUAACUAUAGUUGCUCUGGCAACCACAGCCCUCUCAGCUACAGUCCCACUCAAAACCACCGAGAAAAAACCGACAGAAAGCAGCGUAGAAACGUUUGACUCCUACUCAGUCAAAACCUUACCCUCCCAACUUCCUUUAACCAUCCAAUUACCCAACCAAGAACCCCCACUACCCUUUUACCCAUCCGAACCCUCUACAUACCUUAAAGCUCCAGAAUACUUCCCCAAUACCCCCACAGAUUUCUAUCAAAUACCCAUCCCUUCAGACAUCCUUACCGCACCUUUAGAGUCAAGCAUUUGGAACCCUGAGAACGAUCCUACAUUGUACUACGAACUGCCUUCUUCGAUUACCAAGGAGGAUCUUCCUACUGGACUCUAUCCGAAGAAGUUUAACCAAGACAUCCACUUCAAAAACAAACCUUUGAGUACCAUUCCCAAAAAAGAAAUAAUUCUGGAACCAAUAAACCAGAAACAAUACAACUUGAAGCAGAAAGAACUUUACAAAGCGGUAGACAAACUCAGCAAAAAAGAAAACCAGAAGAAGCUAGAAGAAAGCAAGGCCAAACAGGCAAUUCAGAUUUGAAGAGCGAGACAGAGAUGGAGUAGUUAAGGGUCAAUUCGGCUAUUAUGACAAAGACGGUAAAUUUAGGAUGACCAACUACAACGCGCAUCCAACGCUUGGUUUCCACCAAGAAGCAGCUCCAGAGAGUGACGACAACAAAUAAUACUCAAAAACGUUUUUCAAAAUUU